AUGGCAUCGCCGGCAACCGGUUCUCCCUCGGGGUACAUUCAGCUCGCCAAGACACUGCCGCCACGGCUGCUGCAGUUUCUUGCGCGAUAUCCACCCGCCGCACUGCAGCCGACGACGACUUCGGGCGAUGCUGCAGCGCACACGUCGACGGGCUACCAGCAGGACACGCCCAAUCCUUUCAAGUCCAUGAAGCACCCGGUCACGGGCCGCUGGCACGACCCCGUCUACUCGCUCCGGCGACAGGCCGAGCUGGCCAAGAUGGCGCGGGACCACGGCGUGGCCGAGCUGCUGCCGGAGUCGAGCAAGAGCCCGGAGGAGCGGCUGCGACGGCGCAUCGAGCUGGGUGUGCGGGUCAAGGGCACCGGUGUCGGCCAGCGCGUCAAGGGCCACCAGCACGAGCGCCACCUCGUCGCCAAGAUGGAGGAACGGAGAAAGGCGAUGCUCAACAUGCCCAAGCUCAUCCGGGAAUGGAAACAGGUCGGAAAGAAGAACUGGACACGGUACCCCAGCUGA